GGGCUUAAGGACCUGGCUCAAUUAGGAAGACAUGACUGGCGUUAUUCUGAGGCCGCAUGGCCUUUGGAUAGAUAAAAUGUCUAGCCUUCCCCGAGUCGAGGAAACAUCUUCUCGUUUCUUCAUCGCUAGUCUCCAAUUGUUUCGGCAGUUGUCCUUUUCCCUCUUUUUUCUGUUUCUUUUUUCCAUUCGCUUCACGAGCAGGCACUCGCUAUACCAGCCUUUAAAGACAAUAACAACUUGGUUGAUUCAAGUUAACAGCCCCUAUUUACGAGUAUAAAGUCAGAUUUUCAAUAAUUUACCAAUACCGUCAAGAUGAAGUUUGGUUCCUGGUUAGCUUUGGCCACAGCGCCUCUGGCUAUCGCCACCAAGGUCCAGAAUGCCUACCCGGACAACGCUGCCCGAGGAAAGGAAAUCGAUUUGGAUGAGAAAGCCAUCGCUAUUGCCAAUGGCAUGGCUGGCCACGGCCUCACCGCCGACGCAAACACCGAGAUUGUCAUCAUCUGGGUCAACCCUGGUAGCGGUGCCGCUACCACAACGAUUAACCAGAAGGUUACCGUGACCCAGACAGUGACCGUCGGAGGGCAGACAUCGACUGCCGUCGCUCCCGGCGCCACACACACCGUCACUGUUGGAGGAGCUGCUGGUCUUGCCUACUCUCCUCCUCAGCUCGACAACAUCCCCAUUGGCGAUACCGUCGUUUUUGAGUUCCAGUCCAAGAACCACACGGUUACCCAGUCUGCCUUCAACACUCCUUGCAAGAAGCUUGAAGGUGGUAUGGACUCUGGUUUCCAGCCCAACCCCAACAACACCGUCUCUCCUCCUCCCCAGGUUGCUAUGCAGGUUAUGGUCUCUACUCCUCUCUGGUUCUACUGCCGACAGGCUGGCCACUGCGGUAAGGGAAUGGUUUUCUCCAUUAACCCUACCGCUGCCAAGACCCAGGCUAUGUUCCAGCAAAUGGCCAUUGCUCAGAACGGCACUGGCUCUGCUACUCCCAUCACUGGUGGAAGUGGCGCUCCUGCUCCUCCUCCCGCCCAAUCGUCCGCUGCUGCCGCUCCUCCUGCUGCCGCUCCUCCUCCCGCUAGCUCCGGCACUGUCACCACUGGCCAGGGCAGCGUUGGUGCUGAUGGAAGCUGCUCAUGCACCUGCCAGUGCGCUCCUGGUAGCUUUCCCGUGAAUGCUGCCCAGGGUGUUGGCGCUCAUGGUGGCUGGGGUGGCUCUCUCCCCAUGAACAUGGCCGCUAUCUCAUAAGCGGUUUGAUACGAUAGUAAAUGAGGGGGACGUUGGCUUGGAGGUGUUCAAUAAAAAA